GUACACACACGUCAGCUUUCGGUGUUGUUUGGAUUUUAAAUCGAUAUAGAAAAUGUCUAAUUCAGUGAUUUCUGUAAUUUCCAGGUUUUUGGAGGAAUACGCGUCCAGCACGCCGAACAAACUGAAAGUGAUAGAUGCGUAUCUCCUGUAUAUUAUGAUGACUGGAGCGCUGCAGUUUCUCUAUUGUUUAUUAGUCGGCACCUUUCCGUUCAACAGCUUUCUGUCUGGUUUCAUAUCGUGCGUUGGAUCGUUUAUUCUUGCAGUGUGUCUGAGAAUCCAGAUUAAUCCUCAGAAUAAAGAUUGACUGUUGAGAAACGACCAAACCUGGAAAGUACAUGCAGCUGCAGAGAAAAAGCAUCAUGCGUAUGAUUGCUAUUUUCUCCCAACACUGACAGCACAUUAUCAAGAUUCCCAACGCUGUGACAAAUCCUCAAACUGGCCAACUCUACUCGACAAAUAAAUGAUAUGUCUUGAGAUGAGA